ACAUUACUUGUUCAGUUAUCGCCGAGGCGGCUUCGAGCGUUCACUGACAAACGUAUCACUUUUAUAUGACAGGCUGUCAAUAAAAUAUCACAUGUUUUCACGUGCCGACCGUAUUGUGGGUCUCUGAUUCGACUCAACGACAUCGCCAGUUCGCGAACCGGUUUUUAUUCGUUUUUUUAUUUUCGGAUUUUUUUUUUUGUUUACCUGAUAACGAGCCGUCAGUUUGGGACUUAGUGUCGUCGUCCGUGGAGCAAACAUACCGGCCUGGAGGCGACUACACACGGAAAAGCGAGAGACUGUAAUGGAGUGAUGGCCGAAGGAGAAUCUGAGGCCGGUGAGGGGAUGUUAGCCGCAGCAGCGUUACACCAGGGUGCCGUCGUGAAGCGGGAGGACGAGCGGUUAACCGACAUCAACCAGGAAAGUGAGGACGAAUGCAGUAGUUUGGAAUCUUGUGGAGAAGGAAACAUGGGUGUACCAGAAAGUCGAGGACAUAGCCCCCAACCCAAUCUUGAAGUAAAACAACAACUUAACGGUUUGUUAAAUCUAAGUUCGAUACCCGGCCUCCAAGGACUGAACCUGCAACAGCAAAACGCCGGACCUUCAGCACCUCCUCAGGUCCAGGGCGUCCACACGCCUGGCAUCAUCAACAACCAACCCAUCAACACGCCGCUCAACCUCAGCAUAAACGCAACCAGCUUCUUUUUAGAUAACCUUAAUUCUGCGAACCUGCUGUCGUCGGGGCAACAAGUGGUUUCACCCCCGCAGCCGUCAGCAAUGCCGCAGCUGAUACUCGCUUCGGGCCAGAUAAUCCAAGGCAUCCAAGGGGCCCAGUUGCUAAUCCCUACCUCUCAAGGAAUCGCCACGCAGACAAUUCUGACGAUUCCGAUCAACGCGGUAACGAACAACCAGAUGGUCAACAUGCCGAUGAGCAACGGCCAGGUGAUGACGACCACCCUGGCCAAUCUCGCACACCAGUACGCUCACACCAAUGCAAACAGCCCAACACCGGCAAACAUUGGUCCUACGAUACCGGCACCUCCACUGCCACAUCUUCUCAAUGGGCACAGCCAGCAUCAACAGCACCUACUCAAUGCUUUUCAGCAACAGCAGCAGCAGCAACAACAGCAACAGACACAGCCACAGCCUCUUCUGUCCCAACCACAACAGCAGCCACAGGCACAACCUCCACCCCAGCAGCAGAACCAACAUCAACAGCCGCAACCGCCUCUGCCACAACCCUCGCAGAAAUCACCUAUAAGUCACUCACCAUUCAAUAGUGGGAUGCAAAAUUGUGCCAAAUCGCCACCAAUUAAUGGAGGGAAUGGAACAGGUAUGAGCAAUGGGGGCUGCUCAACAGCAUCCAAUCCUUCAACAUCUCCUUUGAAUACGAUAAGUCGUCUAGCUGCUUCUAACAAUGAUCUCACAAUAACAACAAGCUCUGCCAUAAAAUACCAACACAGCCCUCUUCCAUUGGACCUGAUGGAUGAAUCAAACCAACCCAUGAUAUCAGAAAGCAGAGGUAACACUGUAGAUGGUAUUAACUUAGACGAGAUUAAAGAGUUUGCAAAAGCUUUUAAACUGAGGAGGUUGUCGCUCGGACUGACACAAACGCAAGUCGGUCAAGCUCUAAGUAUCACCGAAGGUCCUGCCUACUCUCAAUCUGCCAUUUGCAGCGCCCUGGCAACUCAGAUGUAUUGUGCUGCCCAACUUGCCUCACAACAACAGUCAAUGUUCGAGAAACUUGACAUAACUCCAAAGAGUGCCCAGAAAAUCAAGCCGGUCCUCGAACAGUGGAUGAAAGAAGCCGAGGAGAGCAGGUAUAAAAGUGGGCAAAACCAUCUGACAGAGUUCAUCGGGGUGGAGCCAUCAAAAAAGAGGAAAAGGAGAACGUCGUUCACACCCCAAGCACUAGAGCUGCUCAACGCACACUUCGAGAGAAACACACAUCCAUCAGGUACUGAGAUAACUACCCUUGCUCACCAACUGGGUUAUGAGAGGGAGGUUAUAAGGAUUUGGUUCUGCAACAAGAGACAAGCGUUAAAGAACACUGUUCGUAUGAUGUCGAAAGGGUGUACCUAGCUAGUGCCCCAGCAGGGGAUGUGGCAUCCAUGAGAAUACGCCAGGGAUUCGUCUUCUGCAUCAAGCGAACUACGCAUGCAAGAACCGUCCCCGAGUUAUGGUGUGAAGAACGAUUCGAAAAUUUCUCCGACUUUAUAUUCGGACUCGCAGUUCUAAGUGUAUAAAAUGGAAUAUAAGAGACAUUGUUUAUUACAACUUGAAUCGGGCUAAUCUGGUCACAUGUAUAUACAUAAUUUUAAACAGAAAGCACUAAGUGCAAUAUUUCACUUGUUAUCAUUUGUUUUGUCUCAUCAGAAUCAACAUAUAAAUAAAAGAAAAAUCAUUAGAUCUCAUUGAGCAUUAUUGUUUAUUGCUAAUUAUUGAUUUAGUGACAGUGUAGUAUUUAAAUACAUAAUAUAAUGUAUCCGAUUUGACAAAACAUACUUGUAAAUAAUGUUACAUCUAUGUGUGUGGACACCUUCUAAGUAUUUUAUCAUCAAGAAAGACUAUGUUAUUGUGUUCUACUACACAUUCAAAACUACCUAUUAACUACGAAAUAAACAUAAAUUUUAAAAAGCAAAUCUUACUUGUCUACAAUAUUUUUUUUUUUUAAAUAGGACGAAGGACUUGUACAUAACCACUAUACAUAACAGACACUCGUGUAUAAAUUAUUGUUUAAAACAUUGUACAUAUUAAGGGACCUAAGAAAAGUAUAAUUUAUAUAUAUAGGCCUAG